AGAUGUGUAUUUAUUUGAGUAGAUGCACGUAUAUAAACUUUGUGAUCUGAUCUAAAUUGGUUUCGACAAGUUUCGGAUUGUUUAAGCAAAGUUUCACAUGAAACACAUACGUUCAUGUCGAUUCGAUUGAGAUACGGUUUCUCUAUUACUAUUGAUUAUUUUUUUUUAAAGAAAAUAUUAAAUUUAUUGAGAGCACGUGCAUUUGCUUGUGCUUGUUUUGUCUUGUUUCUUCCUCUAUCUCUCGUCUCGUCCAGCGUUGUUUUGAUGGAAUCGAGGAUACCCAAACCUAAAUAGAGAACAGUUCGUGGAUCGUGUGUGAAUCGUAGCUAUAGUGGUUUAUUGGCUCCAGGUCGAGGAAUUUGCCCUCUUCUUUAAUUCCCUCUUUUCAACUCAGUUUGCUGUAACCCACUCGAGUUGACUCACUAUAGAGUCUCACCGAGUUGACAAGCUCUCUAGGAUCAAAUUUUUGUGAGCGUUGCGUUUGUUUAGAUGGGAGGCCAAUGCUCUAACCUGGGUCGUUGCUGUGGGAACUCAUCUCACAAGACAGCUGUUCUUGAAGCUCCUCCUCAUGUUGAAAAUGGAGAUAAUAAUGAUAUCACCGAUGUGCCUGCUUUCCGGGAGUACACAUUAGACCAGCUCAAGUCAGCUACUUGUGGUUUUGCUGUGGAGUAUAUUGUCUCCGAGCACGGAGAGAAGGCUCCCAAUGUCGUCUACAAAGGCAAACUCGAGAACCAAAAGAAGAUUGCUGUCAAGCGUUUCACUAGAAUGGCCUGGCCUGACGCACGACAGUUCCUUGAGGAAGCGAGGUCGGUUGGUCAGCUGCGGAGUGAGAGAAUGGCUAAUUUGCUCGGCUGUUGCUGCGAAGGUGACGAGAGGUUGCUUGUCGCUGAGUUUAUGCCCAAUGAAACCUUAGCCAAACACCUUUUCCAUUGGGAAACGCAACCUAUGAAAUGGACAAUGAGGCUAAGAGUUGUGUUAUAUCUAGCACAAGCUCUUGAAUACUGCACCAACCAAGGCCGUAUUCUCUAUCACGACCUCAACGCCUACCGUGUUUUAUUUGAUGAGGAAUGCAAUCCAAGACUUUCUACUUUUGGCUUGAUGAAGAACAGUCGAGAUGGGAAAAGUUACAGCACAAAUCUUGCUUUCACCCCUCCUGAAUAUCUACGAACUGGGAGGAUUACUCCAGAGAGUGUGAUAUACAGCUUUGGAACUCUUCUGCUUGAUGUUCUCAGCGGGAAACAUAUACCUCCUAGCCAUGCCCUUGAUCUUAUUAGAGACAGAAAUCUCCAGACGCUAACUGAUUCUUGCCUUGAUGGGCAAUUCUCUGAAAGCGAUGGCACAGAGCUAGUACGCCUGGCUUCUCGUUGUCUCCAGUACGAAGCUCGUGAGAGGCCAAACACAAAGUCUUUGGUCACUGCCCUGACACCUCUUCAGAAGGACACUGAGGUCCCAUCCCAUGUUCUAAUGGGUCUGCCUCACAGUGGUUCGGUGUCUCCCCUGUCCCCUCUCGGUGAGGCUUGCUCAAGAAAGGACCUGACUGCUAUGCUUGAGAUCUUGGAUAAACUUGGGUACAAAGACGACGAGGGUGUCACCAAUGAGCUCUCGUUUCAAAUGUGGACAGACCAGAUGCAAGAGUCUUUGAACUCCAAGAAGAAGGGAGAUGUGGCUUUCAGGCAAAAAGACUUUAGAGAGGCCAUUGAGUAUUACACGCAGUUCAUAGAUGGAGGAAUGGUGUCUCCAACAGUGUGUGCACGGCGUAGCCUGUGUUACCUAAUGAGUGACAUGCCUAAAGAAGCAUUAGACGAUGCAAUUCAAGCACAAGUGAUCUCUCCCGUGUGGCAUGUGGCGUCUUAUCUCCAGUCUGCUUCCCUUUCCUUCCUGGGGAUGGAGAACGAAUCACAAAUGGCACUUAAAGAGGGUUCGAACCUUGAAGCUAAGAGGAAUUCACCUUCCCAACUGAAGUGAGAUACAUAUACCGCCUAAGAUUGGUUUUUUCGUUCUUUCUUUUGGUAAAAAGAUGAAAGAACAUCUUACAAAGUUUAAGUGGUUUAUUAAAUCUUUUGAGCACAAGGAUGGGGAAAACACUCAAGACAGAUUUGCAAAACCAGACCCAGUGAUGUGGGAUGUAUGUGUUUGGUCCCUUGCUCUUCUUUCGCCUCUUUUUAUAGGCAUUUAAGGAAUCUCUUCCUUUAAAAUC